AUAGUAUAAAUUCACGAACCCUAAACCCUUCUCUUUCUCUUUCUCUCUCUCUCCCCCUCUCUCUCUCUUCGUACCAGGAGAGAAGAGAAACCUAUUAUCGUGCCUCCGAAGACGAUGGAGACCCAUUCCAACCUCAAAGCCAUGGGAUUCGACUCUUCGGCAGACAAGAAAAUCAAGAAGGAGAAAAUUAAGAAGGAGAAGAAGCCGAAGGUCUUGGACUCCGAUUCUGACGAGCUGAGCGUUUUGGAGAAGAAGCAGAGGAAGAGCAAGAAGAAAGAUAAGAAGCGGAAGGCGGCCGAGAUCAGCGGCGAUGAGGAGGAGAGGAGUGAGACGAGCUCGGAGCUCGGCCAGCCGAUGAAUUUGAAGGCGGCGGGCGGCGGGGAGUCGGCGAAGAAGAUCAAGAAGAUGAAGUCGGUCGAGGUUGAUUCUGACGAGGAGGGUGAGGAGAAUCCUAAUGCGGUGUCCAAUUUUCGAAUUUCUGCGCCGUUGAGAGAGGCCCUGAAGGCGAAGGGGAUUGAGUCGUUGUUUCCCAUUCAGGCUAUGACUUUUGGUGUUGUUCUCGACGGGUCGGAUUUGGUUGGGCGGGCUCGUACUGGUCAGGGUAAAACACUGGCCUUUGUGUUGCCCAUUUUGGAAUCUCUAACUAAUGGACCUACAAGAGAAUCACGAAAGACUGGAUAUGGGAGAACGCCUAGUGUUCUCGUACUUCUACCAACUAGGGAAUUGGCCACUCAGGUAUUUGCAGACUUUGAAGGUUAUGGUGCUGCGUUAGGUCUGAAUUCAUGUUGUUUGUAUGGGGGAGCUCCUUACCAAACUCAACAGAUUAAAUUGAAGAGAGGGGUUGAUAUAGUUGUAGGAACCCCUGGCCGGAUUAAGGAUCACAUAGAGAGAGGAAAUAUUGAUUUGAGCUCAUUAAAAUUCCGUGUCCUUGAUGAAGCUGAUGAAAUGUUGAGGAUGGGUUUUGUUGAAGACGUUGAACUUAUUCUAGGGAAGGUGGAGGAUGCAAGUAAGGUGCAAACACUUCUGUUUAGUGCAACUUUACCGGAGUGGGUGAAACAUAUUGCUGCCAGGUUUCUUAAACCUGAUAAGAAAACUGUUGAUCUUGUUGGUAAUGAGAAAAUGAAGGCUAGUAUCAAUGUGCGUCAUAUAAUUAUUCCCUGCUCCAGUUCAGCCAGAUCCCAGCUUAUUCCUGAUAUUAUUCGCUGCUAUAGCAGUGGAGGGCGCACUAUUAUUUUCACUGAGACAAAGGAUUCUGCUUCUGAACUUGCUGGCUUAUUGCCUGGAGCACGUGCUUUGCAUGGGGACAUCCAGCAAGCUCAGCGAGAGGUCACAUUAUCUGGAUUCAGAUCAGGUAAGUUCAUGACAUUAGUGGCCACAAAUGUGGCGGCUCGGGGAUUGGACAUCAAUGACGUCCAGUUAAUUAUACAGUGUGAACCUCCACGUGAUGUAGAAGCAUAUAUUCAUCGAUCUGGGCGGACGGGGAGAGCUGGAAAUACGGGGGUGGCAGUGAUGCUUUAUGACCCAAGAAGGUCAAACAUUUCCAAGAUAGAAAGAGAAUCUGGUGUGAAAUUUGAGCACAUAUCUGCUCCUCAGCCAGCUGAUAUUGCUAAAGCUGCUGGUUUAGAAGCAAUAGAAACAAUCAGCCAAGUCUCUGACAGUGUCAUUCCCAUCUUCAAGUCAGCUGCUGAGGAGCUACUGAAUACAUCUGGUCUAUCACCAGCAGAACUUCUGGCAAAAGCCCUAGCCAAAACUGCUGGUUAUACUGAGAUUAGGAGUAGAUCACUUCUCACUUCCAUGGAGAACCAUGUCACUCUACUUCUUGAGGCUGGAAGGCCCAUCUACACGCUAUCCUUUGCUUAUGGCAUCUUGAGGAGGUUUUUACCUGAGGAGAAGGUGGAGUCUGUGAAAGGUAUUGCUCUAACAGUUGAUGGAAAUGGGGCAGUAUUUGAUGUUCCUGCUGAAGAUCUGGACAUGUUCCUUGCAGGCCAGGAAAAUGCUCAAGGUGUGAGCUUAGAGGUGGUGAAGGCAUUGCCUCGCUUGCAAGAGAGAGAUCAGUCAAGAGGGGGUAGAUUUGGUAGUGGUUCUCGUGGUGGUUUUGCAGAUAGGAGAGGUGGCGGUGGCAGGUUCUCCGGUGGAAGAGGGGGUAGAGGAGGUGGUUUCUCUGACAGAAGAAAUGAUAGAUUUUCGAAAGGUGGACGUGGUAAUAACAGAAAAUGGUAAAGGGCUCCGAGAUUGUCACACGACUCUGCAACGGACUGGAGAUGCAUGCAUUAUAUUGCUUUGCUGCUGCUGGGAGGAAGAACUUGUGCAAUAACUGACGGGAACAGAGUUAUUGUCUAUCGGCUGGUUUAUUUAAGAAAAUGAAAAUCUAGGUUCUAUAUAUAGAAAUUUUGUUUUUACUUAUUGAAUUCAUCCGUAAAUUCUGGGGUUUUUCCCGAGUUCCCCAGUUUUUUGUGUGCUUUGGUUAAAGAAUUUUGCUUAAAGAUUACUGUCUACUCACUAUAUUAUUAAUUGGUAAAUGUACUCAUUAAUUCUUUGUUA